AUGCAGCAGCGCCGCUGUGAGGUGGAAAAGGGCACAGAAAAGGAUUCAAGCCGCACAUGCAGCGCCAGCGUCGGUGCUCCACGCCCGCUUUUCGUCUACGGCACUCUUCGGGCCAAACCGCUGUUAGCAUGGGCUGUAUUGGGCGACUCCUCACGAGUCGAUGAUCUCGAUGACAUGAUUCGACCUGCCCAGGUCAGCAAAUACACUCGAGUAGCCGUCAAGCAUAGCGACUAUCCUGCAGUUAUCAGAAGUGCCGAGGAAGGGGACUGCGUUGAUGGGUAUCUGCUGCAACUAGACACGAGGUCCCAAAGGAAGAAGCUGGACGACUUCGAGGGCGAAACGUAUGCAGUGGAAAGUACGAUUGUCAGCCUUCUUGGCAGUGAUGGCCACCCGACGGGAGAAACUGUGCAAGGCGACAUAUAUGUUUGGGUUGGGGAUAAAGACAUGCUGACUACAGAGCCAUGGGAGCUUGACAAGUUUAUUAAAGAGAGACUUGAGGACUGGCUUGACCUCUUUGACGGAAUGGAGAUGGUUGGUGAAGACUAUAGGGAUGGGGAAUAA